AUGGCGGCGUCCGUAAUUGAAACAUGCCAUGUAGCUUGUUGUGCAAACAGGACACCAAAUGUUGUUUCUUGGGGUCGUGGUGGGAUUAUUGCCUUCGGAACAUGUAAUUCAGUGGCUCUGUACGACCCACAGGAGAGAAGAGUCGUUGGGUUGCUGAAUGGACACAACGGGAGAGUGAAUGCGGUCCAGUGGGUCCAUAGAAAGGACAACGCACCAGAGUGCCAUCUUAUCUCAGGAGGAUCAGACAAUCGGCUCAUCCUCUGGGAAGCUCAACAUGGGAAGUUUAUCCGAUCAGUCGAGUGUAAGGGCCACAGUGGUCCUGUCUGUGCUGUCGACACCAUUUACAUGGAAGACUCAAAGAUCCUGGUAGCCUCCUCUGCCUCUGACUCCACAAUCAGACUGUGGCUCUGCAGUCGCAACAAAGAAGCUGAGUGCCUCCAUAAUGUAUCAUUUGGCAGUGGUUUCAUGAUGGAUGUCUCCCUAGCAUUGUUGCCAGGCACCAGAGUUCCUAUACUUGCCUGCGGGGGUGAUGACUCUCGGGUGCAUCUGUAUGUGCAGGCGAACAGACAGCUCCAGAAAGUCAUGUCACUGCAAGGACACGAAGACUGGGUCCGUGGAGUGGAGUGGACCUCGACAGGGACUGAGCUGUUAUUAGCCAGCUGUUCACAGGACUCGCUCAUCAGAGUGUGGAGGCUGUGUGCCAAAUCUGGCUCAGACACCCGCACAGAAGAUGAUCACACCAUCAUCAAAAUGAAAGAGGACGUUUUUGAAGUGAAGGACAGAGAAAUCAUCUCAGCGUUUGCUGUGUCCCUUGAAACCGUCCUGGCAGGCCACGAGAACUGGGUUUAUGGAGUCCACUGGCAGCCUCAGGUCUACAAAGGUGGAGAGCUGCAACAGCCUCUCCGUCUGCUAUCUGCUUCCAUGGACAAAACCAUGAUCAUCUGGGCUCCUGAAGAAGAAUCUGGAGUCUGGGUGGAGCAGGUGCGUGUAGGGGAGGUGGGUGGAAACACUCUGGGCUUCUACGGCUGCCAGAUGAGCCCUGAUGGCGCAAUGAUUGUGGCUCACGCUUUUCACGGAGCGCUGCAUCUGUGGUGCAAGGAUCAAGACAAAGAGAGAGAGUGGAGACCAGGAGUUGUGAUAUCUGGUCACUUUAAUGCCGUCCAAGACCUGAGCUGGGAUCCUGAAGGGGAAUUUAUCAUCACUGUGGGCUCAGACCAGACCACCAGACUGUUCACUCCAUGGAAGAAGCAGGACAGCAAACAAACAACCUGGCAUGAAAUCUCCCGCCCGCAGAUCCACGGAUACGACAUGCAGUGUCUGUCCAUGGUUGGGAGGUUUCAGUUUGUGUCAGGAGCUGAUGAGAAGGUCCUUCGAGUGUUUCAAGCGCCUCGCAAUUUUGUGGAGAACUUUGCCAACAUAUCGGGGACUUCAAAGGAAAAGCUGCUGACCUCCAGUGACACAACCAACCUUCCAGAAGGAGCGAGCACACCUGCUUUGGGACUUUCCAACAAGGCGGUAUUUCAAGGAGAUCUUGUCCCCAAAACCGCUGAAGAAGAGGGACAGUUCAGCAGCAUAUCUGACCAAUACCAGGAGUCCAACUUUCAUCCUCUAAUCCUGACUGAUCCACCGCCAGAGGAUCAUCUUCUCCAGAACACGCUCUGGCCUGAGGUUCAGAAACUAUAUGGCCAUGGCUUUGAGGUGUUCUGCCUCGCGUCUGACAGCACCAGGACAGUGGUUGCAUCUGCAUGCAAGGCUUCCAAGGCCGAACACGCAGCAGUGCUGCUGUGGAGUACCAGCAUGUGGCGUCAGUUGCAGAGGCUGCAGUAUCACACGCUCACCGUCACCCAGAUGGCCUUCUCACCUGACGCACAGCUCCUGUUGGCUGUGUCCCGAGAUCGCACCUGGUCAUUAUGGAGGCGAAACCUGCCAACACCGGAAAGUGCAGAGCCUCUGUUCUCUCUGUGUGCGCACACCGGCAAGGACACGGCCAUACACAGCCGCAUCAUCUGGUCAUGUGACUGGAGCCCUGACAGCAGAUACUUUGUGACAUCGAGUCGGGACAAGAAGGUGAUCGUGUGGGGUCCAUGCAGCCCGGAGAGCCCUGAAGACUCUGUGCCACCUCCAGAGAUUAAACCGUGCUCUUCGAUUUUGGAUGUGGGGGAUUCUGCCACAGCUGUAGCUUUCUGCCCCGUGCUCUGCUCUGACAACAGCUUCCUGCUCACAGUUGGCCUGGAAAGUGGACGGAUCUUGCUGUUCAGGUGGAGUCCUGGCCAGGACGGUGCUGCAGGAAGUGACUGGAUAAGCUGUGGAGAAACCGACUCCUCACAAAGCCACUCGUUGGCAGUCAAGCAACUCCGCUGGAGGCCGCGAGCUGGUCGAGCAGGUGUAGAGAGCAGCGAGACGAGCGGACGGAGUGACAGUGAGAGGAAACUCCAAGAGGAGAGCUCCUGGCUCCAGCUUGCCAGUGCCGGCGCCGACCACUCUGUCAAAAUCUUCAACGUCAACAAACAAGCUCUUUAGCACCACCACUGACACCAUCAUGUCUCCUGCGUGUAGAGACACUUCUUUUUAUUUUUUA